AUGAAUUAAGAACAAGCAACAUAAGAGAGUAUCUAUUCAGCUUAUUAAAAUAAAUAACAUAAACUAUGCUAUAGUUUAGAAACAAGUAACAGUAUGAGGAUUUUAAGAUGCAUAAAAAAGGGAAUAUCGAUAUCAGAAGUUUGUGAAGAUAAUUUAUAAAAUUUGAAUUCUACUAUUGAUAGAAUAGAUAUUUCAAAAGAUGAUUAUUAUGAAACAAAGGUUAAAGAUCGAAAGGAAUAAACGUUGUCUUUUUAAUAAAUACUACAUUAAUUUCAAAGAAGGGUUGUUCAAAUGUAAAAUAUUGCUUAGAUGAGAUUGGAAUAAAACUCAAGUGAUAGUAAUGGGGAUUGGGUACCUGAUUUUGAAGAGGAGGAAGAAGAGAGUGAUUCUUUUUAAUAUUAGUGA